GCCAAAUGCCCUGUCGCUUGUUGAUGACGUAACCAGAACCCUGAAUUUGAACACGCGUUAGCACUCGCGCUGUAAACACUGAGGUGUGCUUUUGAUGCCGGGUUUGAAGAAGGUGACAUCAUGGCAACUUCACUGGGCAAACUGGGAUUCCACAAUAAGAUGAUUCUAGCCCCCAUGGUGCGGGUAGGUACUCUACCCAUGAGGCUCUUGGCAUUGGACUAUGGUGCAGAUAUCGUCUACUGUGAGGAACUGAUUGAUCUCAAAAUGGUUCAGUGUGAGAGGGUCGUAAAUGACAUCUUGGAGACAGUGGACUUUAUAGCACCAGAUGAGAGGAUUAUGUUCCGCACCUGUAGUAAAGAGAAGGACCAUGUGGUCUUUCAGAUGGGAACAGCUGAUCCAGAGAGAGCACUGGCAGUAGCCAGACUUGUUGAGAAUGAUGUAGCAGCUAUUGAUGUGAAUAUGGGCUGUCCAAAGGAAUACUCUACCAAGGGUGGAAUGGGAUCCGCGCUCCUUUCUAACCCUGACAAAAUUGAGGCUAUUCUGACCACUCUGGUGAGGGGAAUUUCAAAACCAGUGACCUGCAAAAUCCGAAUCCUUCCCACUCUGGAGGAAACCAUUAGUUUGGUGAAGAGAAUUGAAAAAACAGGGGUGGCAGCAAUAGCAGUGCAUGGCAGGAUGAAAGAGGAGAGACCACGGCAUGCAGUCCACUGUGACUACAUUCAAGCUGUAGCUGAAAAUGUGUCUAUUCCAGUGAUCGCUAAUGGUGGCUCUCUUGAUCACAUAAAAACAUAUGAUGAUAUCGAACAAUUUCGAGAGACAACAGGAACGUCCUCUGUCAUGUUAGCUCGGGCCGCUAUGUGGAACCCUUCAAUAUUUCGCUGCCAGGGAACGGUGUCAGUAGACAAGGUUAUGGAAGAAUAUGUCAAAUAUGCUGUUCGCUAUGACAACAACACAUUCAACACAAAAUACUGCCUGUGCCAGAUGUUAAGGGAUAGGGUGGAGUCGCCAAUGGGCAAACAGCUUCAUGCAGCGCAGACCAAUGAAGAAAUCUGUGAGGUGUUUGGAAUGACUGAUUUCUACAAGAAAGCCCAGGCUGAGCUGGAGGCCCGCAAAGAAGCCCUUGAUGCCAACAGCAGCAGUCUUCCAGAGAAGCCUGUACUAGAUGGAGAUGUCAUCACUAUGGCUAUCAAGUUCGAAAGGAGAGAGUAUCCGCCUCAGAUCACGCCAAAGAUGUACUUGCUGGAAUGGAGCCGGAAGGAGAAGCUAGAGCAGCCUGUGUAUGAAACGGAGCAACGUGCCCAAGACAGAUGUUUCCAGUCUACAGUAAUAGUGGCAAAUAAGAAGUAUAGGUCCACACUAUGGGAGAAGUCUAAGAAAUUCGCUGAACAAGCUGCUGCUAUUGUGUGUUUGCGCACACUCGGUGUACCGGAGGGACGUAUCGGAGAGGGCUACUCAGGGCUGGUAAACAAGAGAAAAAGGGAAGAGAAAAAAGGUGCUGCUUCAGAGGAUGACAGCAUUACAGACUUAGCACACAGGAAGAGACGGAUCACUGAGCCAUCGCAAAAAGAGGAACAGGGAUCAAAUGACAAUCUGGUGGUAGUGAAUGGCUCCUGUGGUCAGACUGUGUCCUGACCAUGACUAGACGACCACUGCUCACAUUUUGAACUCUCCACAAGGAGUGUGUCUGCUGCUAUGUGGCUGCAUUGCAUUUGCAGUGAUGUACCACAAAAUAUCUAAAUCGCACACAGAGACAUUUCAGCUUCAAGAGAUGCAUGUUAUCCCUGGUACCUUUCACUUUUAUUUUAUCAGAUGAUUGUUUUAAGUGCUAUUUCUCACUAUGUGUAUGUGCACCACAUUGCCAUCUUAUUAGGUACACUUACUCAAGGUACACCCGCCACACUCUGAGCAGCUCCGACACCUGUAAUCCUAGAACCAUUUCACUGUCAAUACUAUGCUAAAAUGGUCCGCCAACCGCAGAAUAUCUGGUCAGCCAUGGCCCUAUAGUGGUCCCUAUCCAUUGAUGGAUGGGGUGUAAGAAGACUGACAAAUUGUACAUGGCAAGAAAUUAUCUAUAGUAAGUGUAGUAUAGUAAGUGACCUAUAUGGUAGGUGUACCUAAUAAAGUGGCAACUGAGUAAUUGUUGUUGAAUGCAGGUGGCAUUCAUUUGAUAUUAUUGUAGCUCAGUGUUUCUCAAUCCUGGUCCUGGAGUACCACCACCCUGUGCACCCUGGUCUUUUCCCUGCUCCCAACUCACCUUAUUCAACUCAUUCAUUUAUUCCCAAGCCUGAACUAGCUCGAACUGGCUGAGUUAGAGGAGAGAAACACCAAAAUGUGCAGAGUAUUAGUACCUCAGGACCAGGAUUGAGAAACACUGUUCUAGUCCAUGUGGAUGAAUGGACGAUUAAUAGACCAGUGUUUCUUAACUCCAGUCCUACAGACCCUCUCUCAUGUAGCUUCAAGUUUGCCCAGCUCCCAGUACACCUCGUCCAAUCCUGAUAAUAAACACAGUUCCAUUAGGACUGGAGUGUAGAAACCCUGCCACAGACCAGAAGGAGGCUUUUAACUGUUGACCACACAUGUGGUGUAAACCAAAAACAAAAUUAAAAUCAUGCAUUUAGUCGAGUAUUACACUUUUUCUUCUAAAUAGUAAAGGUGACCUAGGGCCUUAAUGGAGUGGUUGGUGGGUGACUGUAUAUAUUUAAUCUCAUUUUACUUGUAUUAAAACAUUUUAAAUAUGUGAAAGUGUGAUGUUUUUUUUUAUCUUCAUUUGCAUAGCACAUCCAACAGAACGCUUGUGAUGAUUCACAUCCUACAGUAUUAGACAGUAUUGUAUGUGUUAUUCAAUAGGGUUUAGUGUGCACUGUUGGUCACAAUGUAUCAGGCUGUUUUUCACUGCUGUACCAGUGUUUAAAGAGCACAUAUAAAGUGAACUCGGCGAACCAAAUAAUAUGUAGUCAGCGCUGGUCCUGUGGUGGUCCCUGUACUUUGAAGGAUGUGGCAUAAGUGGACUGACAAACAGUGCUGGAGAUCCACUCUUGUACAGUUCCAAGUUUCCCAGCUCCAAACUCACAUUAUCCACCUUACAGAAGGUUUGAUAAUUAACUUGUGAGUAGAAUCGGGUGUGUUUGGAGAAGGAAAAGUUUGCCUACAGGACAGUGCACCUCCUGGACUGGAGUGUAGAAACCCUGCCACAGACCAACAGGAGGCAGACUGCGAUGUGGUGAAAAAAAAUUUACACUCCUGGGCAAAAAAAAAAAAAAUUGGGCCAAGCCUGAAAUGGCAAAAUAUUAAGCUUUUAAUGGUCUUAACAACAAAUCAUUGGUCAGGAAAUUAGCAAGAAUUAAACAAAUAGCUAAAGGCAGUCCCUGGAGGACUAGUGGUUAGGCCUCGGUGCUCUCACCGCUGUGGCCCGGGUUCAAUUACCAGCUAGAGAACCACACCCCAUGGCUGGGGUUGCACACACUAACAAAUAGAUAAAGGAAGUUAGUAUGGGAUAACUUUUCUCUUAGAGUUCUUUAAAUGUUUAAGCCUUGUGGCUCUUGAUGGGCUGCAUCAGGUGUGGCAGAUAACCAAAUAAUGACUAAUCUUUUAAGAAAAAAAACAUCCCAGAAGAUAUUUAUGUACACCCAGACAUGUGUUAGUCUGAGUUUUACUAACAUUUUAAUCAUUAGCAUGAUUUUUAGCUUUGUGUACAAGAAGACUAUGUAAGUGAAUUUCCCUGUUUCUAGCUUUUCCCCAAACAAAUAGUUAACUGCAUGUGUGCAUUUGUUUAAUUCUUGCUCAUUUUCUGACCAAUGAUUUGUUGUUAAGACCAUUAAAAGCUUAAUAUUUGCCAUUUCGGGCCUGGCUCAGUCUUCUUUGCCCAGGAGUGCAUAUUCACAAUGAUGAGAGAACUAUAGGCUUCAUCUCAUGUAGGCUAUAAACCAGGUUAAAGGAAAGAUGAGCUGUUUUUUCAUGCUCAAUUGUUUUGAACUUCCCACUUAAUAUGGGCUGCAUUGUAGUGAGAGACCUUGUGAUAGUAAUUGUCUUGCUACAGUAUUGUGUGUGCUUGUGUGUGUGUGUGUGUGGUUGGGGACGCAGCGCGUGCGGCUGUUUGUUUCCUUCCCGAGUUUGUUGUCUGUCAAACGUGCUGACGUCACGCGCGGCGGAGCGCCCUCGCGAGUGUGUAGUAGAGAAGUUUUGCUAAUGUUGCGCGUCAUGCGAGUAUUUAGACGCUUUCAAAAGCCAACGUCAGAUCCUCGUAUCUACUUUUAAACGUGCGAUCCCGGCUGUAGACUCUUGCUCCAAGCCCACUGUGGAGCAAAUGGUAGUGGAUUUGCUGGCGACGGGCGCUUUGGGAGAGUGUUCCGGGUUUGCGAGCUGGCACCGCGGAACCCAAAGUACACUUUAGAAAGUUGGCAUCGGCCUGCUGUAGCAAGCCUGCAUUAUGCAGAUUUGAUCGAG